AGGGCGACUCCCUCCAUAAGGGGCGGGCUUUUGCUGGGCCGGGCGUCGGCUUGCUUCCCGAGGUUGGAAGCGAGACCUGGAGGCCGAAGCGGGCGGGAAAAAGCCGCUUUCUACGCCAGUAGCUGAGGCGUAUAGGGUUGUUCUCGGGUCGCCACCCGCACGUGUGUCGUCCUGGGCGUGGCUUUCGGGCCUAGGAAGUGCAGACCGUGGCGGCAGGACGCUGCGGGUGUGCAGGGAGGCCUCGGUCGGACGCGAGGGAGAGGCAGAACCCAGGGAACACCAUGCCAACUAGCAAGCAGCUAGCUGACAUCGGCUACAAGGCCUUCUCAGCCUCCAUGAUGCUCCUCACUGUGUAUGGGGGCUACCUCUGCAGCGUCCGGGCCUACCAUUACCUGCAGCUACGCAGCGCCCGGCGCCAGGCCGCCGAAGAACAGAAGGGCUCAGGAGUCCUGUAACAUGGGAGUGUUUUCUCCUGAGCAUGCUGUGGAAAGAUGUCACCUGCUGAUUUCCAGAUCAAGAGGACUAGGAGCUGGAUGGUUUCCAAACGUGCUGAAAGAACAUGCCCAGGGUUCCUGUGGUACUGCCAGUUCAGCAGUAUACAGUUUGUGGAGGCUGUUGAACCCCAUGAAUGUGGGAGUGAAGUAAACCUAUAGACAUUAAAUGUUUUGCCAUGUCUA